AAUGAAGACCGUGUGACGGGACAACAUGGCUGCGAUAUUAUGUUCAUUUUGUUUUUAGUUUCGUGUCUAACCUGCUAAAAGGGUUACUAUUAAUUCAGUUUUGAAAAACAUAUCAAAUAAAUAGUUCAUGUAUGCUCGAUAAUUUAAUAACCGCAUGUAUGAUGUCCUGUGUAAAGCAUGUAGACGUGUAAGCAGCUGAAUUCAAGAGGAAGGAGCUAUUCUGCUAAUUUGUGUGAGACGCGGAAGUUAGUCUGAAGAAGCUUGCUGUGAGGACAUUGUUUUAUAAGCAAAAUUCUUGUCCAGAACUUCCAAAAUGAAGAAGUGGAACUGGAGAGAAGGACAGCGACCGUCCAGGCGACAGAGAUCGGGCGGACAACGGCGCGGCUGGGACAGAAAUAAUCGUUACAGAUCAACACAGGACGAUAAUGCAGGAUGGACACAUGACAAUCAAGCAUCGGCGUCUUCGUCUUCCUCCUCCUCUUCAUCCUCUUCUUCUUCCUCCUCGUCUUCUUCCACCAAAGCCAGCAGUGCUGCUCCAGAACUUCCUGGUUUCUACUUUGACCCGGAGAAAAAUCGUUAUUUCCGACUUUUGCCUGGAAAUAACUGCUGCAACCCACUUACCAGAGAGAAGUUGCAGGAGAAAGAAAGGGAGAGUCAAAGAAACAAGAUGUUGGAAGAGGAUGAAAAUCCCAGAAAAAAGGCGCCAAGGAGAGGACUGAACACUUCUCUACUCGUACAGAAAAGACACCUUGGUUUGGUGCAGGGCAAUUCCUACUGCAGGUUAAUCCAUGAGGUGAAGGUCGGUUCAAUGAAGCGCCACAAAGUGGAGAUCCAGAGCACUGACAACAGCAGCUCUAACACAGACAACUUCAGACUAAUAGUGGGAGACUCAGCAUGUGAGAGAGUAUUUACAGUCAAUGAUGUCUCUCAUGGAGGCUGCAAAUACGGCAUCAUGAACUUCAGCAGCAGCAGCCAAGGUUCUCUGUCUGUAGAGAUGUGUGAUAACCUCUACUUCACCAACCGCAAGGUGAACUCCAUCUGUUGGGCCUCAGUGAAUUAUGCAGACUCCCAUGUAUUAUUGUGUCUGGUUGGUGUAGCAGACACUCCUGGUUGUGUCAGUUUGCUUCCUGCUUCCCUCUUCAGCAACUCUAACCCAGAACAACCUGGAAUGUUGUGUAGUUUCAAGAUUUCCACAGCCUGGUCUUGUGCUUGGUGUCUUAACCCUCAGUUUGACAAGACCUUCAGCACUGGUCUGUCUCGCAGGGUGAUUAUGAAAGAUGCAGAGACAGGCCGAACACAGACAUACAGUGUAAGCAGCGACGUCUUGGCUCAGCAGUUUGCCCUCAGGGUCCCUGUGCUGUUUAACGGGUGCAGGUCUGGCGAGAUCUUCAGUAUCGACCUGCGACAGCGAGGCCGCAGGGAUCAGAGUUGGAAAGCCAGUCGCUUCCAUCAAGAGUCGGCCAUCACAUCUGUUCGCGUCCUUCAGGAUGAGAACUAUCUGCUGGCUGCGGACAUGCAAGGCCAGAUAAAACUGUGGGAUGUACGGGUGACAAAAGCUGUGCAGGUGUACAAAGGCCACUAUAAUGAACAUGCCUACCUUCCCGUUCAUGUCAACGAAGCUGAGGGACUUUUGUUAGCUGUGGGGCAAGACUGCUACACCAGGUUAUGGAGCCUGAAGGACGGCCAUCUGUUGCGGACAAUCCCGUCACCUCAUCCGGCUGCAAACGACCAGAUCCCCAGUGUGGUUUUCUCCUCCAAGUUAGGAGGCAGCAGGGGGCUGCCGGGCCUGCUGAUGGCCGUCAAACAUGACUUGUACUAUUUUCCAUAUAACACUGACUAUCAGGAAGGAGCAGAGCAGCAGCCAGUUUUUCUACAACACUGAAGACACUUACUUGCAUUAAAGUCCAAAAAGACGACAGAGACACUUGUGUUACUCGACCAGAAAACACAUUCAUACACAAAUAUUUCCUUAAUUACUCUUUGGAGUUUUUUUGUUGAUCGAUAUCAAGUGGUAAAGUAGAAAAGUGACACAAAAACGUUACAUUGAAUUCUCAUGGGACUUUUUUAUUUGUUUUAUUUUAAACAAAAUGGAAGUGCUGUGCAUUGCAUAUAGUUGCUACCAUAACAUAUUGCAUAUGAUUACAUUUGAAGUGUACCUGCUUAAGACAUAAUUGACUAUUUAUCCCAGAGUGUCUCUGAUCACAAUUUGAAUAGAAUGUUUAUAUUUUUUUUUUACUGUUGAGUCAUUAGACACAGUGCAUGAAUGCAAUAUCCACUCAAUAUGUUUAAAAAUUAGAAAUUAAUAAAGUGAGUUGGAGCUGA